GUGAGGGCGUGUACUGUUUCUUUCUGCUAUUGAACCGAAUAAAAUUAAAAAACCGGCAGUUACCGUACGUUAGACCGCUUGCUCCGCUGUACAAGGUACACAGUCAGAAUGGACACAUGUGCUGAGCUCCUGUCAUAAAGUUGGAUUUAGAUCUCAAGGGUCCACAGGAGCGAGGUGGAGAGAGAAGGGAGGGGUGGCCACACCCAGCUUCAACAUGGAACAGGUGGAGCACACAGGGGCGGAGAGCCCCCGACCAUCCUCACUGCAGGGGUCAGAGGUCACGGGGCGUCAGACAGAUGAGGAGGGCGCUGGGACCACGACGCGCAGGAAGAAGAAGAGGAAGGAGCCUCGGCCGGAGUCCAUUAUAGUGUACCGCUCCGAGACCGAGAAGGUGUCCGAGGAGGACCCGGGUGGAGAGGAGGGGGCGGAGAAGAACUCAGAGGAGGGGGCUAAGUUCCUCUCUACCCCCACAGGAGAAGGAGGCUGGAGCCUGCCCCCAGACAGCCACUAUGUGACUCUGACAGGCACCAUCACCCGGGGGAAGAAGAAGGGCCAAAUGGUGGACAUCCAUGUCACGCUGACAGACAAGGAGCUGCGGGACCUGGCCAGGUCUAAGGAGCGGUUGGACGCGGAGUGCGAGAGGGGUGCAGACAGCAAGCGUGCCUGCGGCCUGGGGUUCGGCCAGGGCCCCCACGUGGUGCUGUGGAGCCUCUCCUGCGCCCCCGUGGUCUUCUUCCUCUCCUUCAUCACCUCCUUCUACUACGGCACGCUCACCUGGUACAACGUCUUCCUGGUGUACAACGAGGAGCGGACGUUCUGGCACAAGAUCAUCGUCUGCCCCUGCCUGAUCAUCUCCUACCCCGUGCUCAUCAUGGUCGUGUCGCUGUCGUUGGGCCUGUACGCCGCCGUGGUGCAGGUGUCCUGGGUGUUCGCCGAGUGGUGGCUGGCGGUGCGGGACCUGGAGAAAGGCUUCUGCGGCUGGGCCUGCGGGAAGCUGGGGCUGGAAGACUGCUCCCCCUACAGCAUCGUCGAGCUGCUGGACUCCGACACCAUCUCCGGGAGCCUCCAGGGGAAGAUCGCCGGCGACAACCUGCAGACCACCUCUGUGUGAGCGGGACAGGCCUCUUAGA